UGUGCAGGGAGGAGGAGGAGGAGGGAGGGGGCCCUUUUCAGUCGGCGGCGGCAGCAGCAGCAGCAGCAGCGACGGCGGCCAGGCCAGGAUGUGCUUGGCAUCGUCCUGCGGCGGCAGCAGCUGCGGCACCAGCAGGACAGGCGGCAAUCGCAGCAGCGCCAGGGACCAGCCCGCCUCCUCCUCCUCGCUCCUGCCGCAGCCGCGCUAGCGCCCGCCGCUCAUCCCACCGCCGCGCUCCGUCUCGCCGCCUGCCUGGCUCUGCCGCCGGCCCCUCCUCUCUCGCCCGCAGAGGGUCCGGGCUGCUGCUGAGCCUCGCGGUUCCCUCCCUUCGGUCCUCGCUUCUUUCUCCUUCGCGGCGGCGGCGGCGGCGGCUCUUCCUCUUGGGCUUCCAUGGCGGCCCCGGGCAACAUCGUGUCCGUUAUGGCGAGCAAGACCAAGACCAAGAAGAAGCAUUUCGUGGCCCAGAAAGUCAAGCUCUUCCGGGCCAGUGACCCGCUCCUCAGCGUCCUCAUGUGGGGGGUGAACCACUCGAUCAAUGAACUGAGCCAUGUUCAAAUCCCUGUUAUGUUGAUGCCAGAUGACUUCAAAGCAUAUUCAAAGAUAAAAGUGGACAAUCACCUUUUCAACAAAGAGAACAUGCCAAGCCAUUUCAAAUUCAAGGAAUAUUGUCCAGUGGUUUUUCGCAAUCUGCGGGAAAGGUUUGGAAUUGAUGAUCAAGACUUUCAGAAUUCUCUGACAAGAAGUUGUCCACUUGCUAAUGAUUCUCAAGCUCGCAGCGGUGCCCGAUUUCACACCUCGUAUGACAAAAGAUACGUCAUCAAAACUAUAACGAGUGAAGAUGUGGCAGAAAUGCACAAUAUACUGAAGAAAUACCAUCAGUUUAUAGUGGAGUGUCAUGGAAAUACACUUCUUCCUCAAUUUUUGGGCAUGUACCGGCUUACAGUGGAUGGAGUUGAAGUAUAUAUGAUUGUUACAAGAAAUGUAUUCAGCCAUCGUUUGUCUGUUUAUAGAAAAUAUGAUUUAAAGGGCUCUACAGUAGCAAGAGAAGCCAGUGACAAGGAAAAGGCCAAAGAACUUCCAACAUUCAAAGACAACGACUUCAUUAAUGAUGGUCAAAAGAUUUACAUUGAUGAAACCAACAAAAAGAUGUUCAUGGAAAAGCUUAAAAAGGAUGUUGAGUUCCUUGCUCAGUUAAAACUCAUGGAUUACAGUCUGCUAGUUGGGAUUCAUGAUGUGGAGAGAGCAGAACAGGAGGAAGUAGAAUGUGAAGAAAACGAUGAAGAUGAAGGGGAAAGUGACGGGGCUCCCCCAGUUGGUACACCUCCAGAUAGUCCAGGAAAUACGCUGAACAGCUCUCAGCCUUUGGCUCCAGGAGAAUUUGAUCCAACCAUUGAUGUUUAUGGAAUAAAAUGCCAUGAAAAUGCACCUAGGAAGGAGGUAUACUUUAUGGCCAUUAUUGAUAUUCUUACCCAUUAUGAUGCAAAAAAGAAGGCUGCCCAUGCUGCAAAAACAGUCAAACAUGGCGCUGGUGCAGAGAUUUCAACAGUUAACCCCGAACAGUAUUCAAAGCGGUUCUUGGACUUUAUUGCCAACAUCUUGACGUAACCUCUCAUGUUUAUUGGACAGAUACAAGGUCUUGGAAUAGCAGCGAUGGCUACAAGUGUGUAAGGGAUAAAAGCUUCUUCUUAAAAGGAAAACUCAAGUGCUCUCUCGCAGAAGGCGGCAGCCCCCUUGUUUACAUCUGCUGGCAAAGAUGACCAACUGGGGUGAAAUUCUCGCUUUAACAGCUGCCUGAUUAUGCCCAGCAUAGUUCUAGCUAUUUCUGAUGUGUGCGUGCGCGCGUGUGUGUGUGUGUGCGUGUGAGUAUGCAAAACAAAAUUACAAAUAUAAAUUCACCAAUUAAAAUAGAUCAGCUUUUUACUCGGCGUGCAUUGCAGCAACACUCCGUGGAUUCUAGCUGAAGGUGGAAUGAAUGGGCAAAAGGAAGUGGGGCGGUGGGUGGGGGGGGAGAAGGAAGGAGUAUAUGCAUGUUAAUUUCAUACUGGCAUCAAACUGUAAACUGUAGACCAGUUUAUAUUUUGAACUGAAAGGUGCAAGACAGUAUUGGUGGUGAUGACGACUGUGACCUUAUUGCGAAUGUUACAUGUAACGCCCCUGCAUGUUGGCACUCCUUAAGAAUAAUGGUAACAUAAUAAGUUCCAUGUGCUGGAAGCUUUCCUGUUGGCAUCUUAUUUUCACUCCCUCUCUCUCUUUUUCAAUUGACGUGUCACAACAGGAAAUUUGCUUCCAGCAAUUUGGAGAUUUGUCUCUUGUUUUACCAAGAUCUAACACCAUAAUCAUGCUGUGUGUGUGUUUGCCAAGGGUAAACUUGUAUUUCUAGGGGUGGAGGGAGCAGUGUCUUUAAAUCCCUUUAACAGGGAUUCCCAGAUGUGGUUGACUACAACACCCAUAAUCCCCAGCCAAAGACUGUGGCAGCUGGGGAUGCUGGGUGUUGUAGUCAACCACAUCAGGAAAUCCCUGUUACAGGGUACACUGGUGGGGAGGUCACAGGAAUGGACUACUUGUCUGAUUACAUGAAGAUUUUACACACUGUGUUUAUCAUACAGGAAUUGAUUAUGCUACCAAAAAAUUCAAGUACCCUUAAAAAAAUAAUGCAUAGUCUUUGGGCAGUGGUAGGAUUUUCCAGCACAUGAACAAAGGAAUAGGAAAGCCUAUUCAUCUUUAACUGAUCAAAAACAAGACAUUUAAAUGCUUGUUGUGCUGUUUUUAAUAUUUUAUUAAAAUUAUUCCUCUUUUUUUAAGCCCUAAAUUUUACUGUUUACAUUACUAGGAAAACAGGGAUGCUUUUGAGUUUGUGCACAGUAUGUGAAUCUAAAGUUUACAUGUAAAGUUAUUUUGCAGUACAGAUGAAGUAAUUUCUUGAGGUGUACCAUGCAGUAAUGUACCCAAGUGGAUGUUUCAUUCACCUCCAUGACAGAAUUUUUUUUUUAACAACAAUCAGGUUGUUUUGAGGUAUUUUAGGUGGGCUUUUCUAUUUGCUUUAUGUUUCUCCAAAUUAUGUUGUGCAAUAAAUUGCCUAAAAGGUGUUGUCACCUUUAACCAUUAAAAAAAAAUUAAGUCUGUGUUGCAGGCAAAAGGUUGCAAGCUUAAGAAAGGACAGAAUUAGGUAUGUUUAAAACUAUAUAUUCAGUACUUAUACACUGUGCUACAAUUGUGCCUUUAAAACAAAAUAAUAUUUGACACAGACAUUGAUAGGCAACUCAGAAAAAAUAAAUCACACUUUCCCACUGCAACUUCUAACUUAUCCAAGGAGUGCCAGGUUGCCUUCUCCAAUGACUUAAAUGCCAGUGCUGUUAAGGCUGCAGCUGUGCAUCAUGUAUGUAGUGUUGACUUCAGAGAUAAAAUAGCAGCUGAUGUCGCUAUCUUCUUCAGCCAAAGGCAAUACCAUCCUUCUUACUCUGUAUGGUUCUUCUUCUUUUUUUAACAUGGUUAUGUUACCCUUCUAGUGAUGUUAACAGUACUGUAAUGUAUGUGUAAAAUUCUGUAUUUUUAUGUAUUUAAGUUAACUGUGGCUUGAUUUUUAUUGUUUUGUUCCUUUCCCCAUACACGCACACCUUUGUCUCUGGCACCAUGUGAAUGUUAUCUUUCUUACAAAUUCAUAGUGGCUUCUUAGGUAGGAUGAGACUGCAAGGAUACCACUGGGAAGCAAAGAGGUACACGUUGCGUUAAGAGUAAAUAUUCCAUCGUGGCCAAUUAGCAUAUGCUUUUUUAUGAGCUAACAACAAAGCCUUUCUUUUUUGUCUGUAACAGUCUUUGUCACUCAUUACGGUUGAUAAACUGUUUAGAGAGGAUGAGAAAGACCUGCAUUGUAUCACCUAGUUCUAAAAACACACUCCAGACACAAGUGAGGCUUUAUAAAAUAAAGCACUUUGACUUGCUAGGAA